UGUUGCCUGAGUUGUGUCACUCUUGAUGAUUUUGUGUGCGUUAGAGCAGUCGCAGUCUCGGCUUCCGAUGAGAGAGUGGAUCGACUCGGACAUGAACUUCUCAGCGGGAGGUUUUCUCGCCUCCUCGGACGCUUACUGCUCCGCGGAGCAGUUUCAGUUCUACGACAUGUUGGCUGACCCUCUGGGCUACCCACUGCCGGACCCUGACCUCCAGCUGCUCCCUUACAGCCCACAGCAGUACAACCUCGCCGGUCUGUCCUUCCCGCCCUACGGCUCCCCGUCGUCCUCCACGUCCACGUCCUCGUCCUCGUCGCAGCCCCGCCACGCUCUGUAUCACUUCGGCUCCGACUUCCCGGAGGGCCCCUGCGAUCCCGUCCCCCCCGUGCCCCACUGCGCGGGCCUGCCUCAGGGCCUCGACUUAGCGUGUCUUCCUGCGGUACGCAGACCACGCGUGGCGUCUGUCGGGAGGAUCCGGGGUCACGACGAGCUGUGCGUGGUGUGCGGCGAUAAAGCGUCGGGGUACCACUACAACGCUCUCACCUGCGAGGGGUGCAAAGGUUUCUUCAGGCGGAGCGUCACCAAAAAGGCAGUCUACCAGUGCAAGAGAGGCGGCGGCUGUGAGAUGGACAUGUACAUGCGGAGGAAAUGUCAAGACUGUCGCCUCAGGAAAUGUCGCGCCGUGGGAAUGCUGGCCGAGUGUCUUCUGACGGAUGUUCAGUGUCAGUCCAAACGACUGAGGAAAGGAGGACGGGGAAGAAGACAGGAGGAAGAGGAGAGUGUGGCCAGCAAGCAGGUCAGCUCCACCGGCAGACUUCAUGGACAGGUGGUUACGUCCACUUUAAGCCGGGAACAGAAGCACACCGUGGACAAGAUGGCGGAGGCUCAUCGGGUGUGCCGAGCUCAGUACAGCGACCGCUGCAGGAUGUUUGAUUGGCCGUGUGCAGAGGAAGGGGCGGAGCUUUCGGAGGUUACGUCACCUCACCUGCAACGAGUGCUGCAGUUUGCCAGGACGCUGCCCGGUUUUGACUUGUUGGACCUGUCAGACCAGCGCUGCCUCCUGUCAGCGUCUUCACUGGACCUCAUGUUCCUGCUGUCCGCCCAAAACUUCGCCAGUAACCCGACUGCAAAGCCUGCCGCAGCAUUGCAGCUUUUCAGCACCUCAACGCACGACUGCCUGAGAUGCGUCGCCUCAAAGGACGAUGUGCAACGACGUAGCGAGGAGCUCCUGAGCCCCGUGCUCAACUUCUUUCACAGCAUGAUGGCGCUGCAGGUGACCGAGGCCGAGUACGCCCUGCUGGGCGCCACCGCCCUGCUCUGCUCAGACAGCGCGUCGCUGAUGGCUGCCAGUUUCGUGGAAAAAAUGCAGGAGCUGAUCCUGGACCUGCUGUCUCGCACGUGCGGGACCCGGGCCGGAGCGGCGAGAGGCGGGCCGCGGAGGUUUGGUCAUCUUCUGGGCCGGCUGACGGAGCUUCGGACCCUCCGUCACAACUACCUCCUCGUGACCCGACAGAACCGUGGACCCUGAACGUCUCAUUUGCGUCCUGUAUGCUCCGACACUGGCAGCGUUUCGACCUGCUCUCGCGUCAGUUGUGUCGGCUUGUGCAUCUUUUGUCGUUCGUGGCUUUGACGCGUUUCUUCCCGCGCACCGGUGGGCAAAGUAUGGCCCGUGGGCCACAUGCGGCCCACCUCAUUCUUUAUUCUGAACCACAUUACAUUAUCCAAAGUCCUGUGAUAUUUGUUGAAUUAAUUUGGCUAUUUUACCUCCUUAACUUUUGGUUGGUUGAAAUGUAUGUAUUUCAUUAAUUCGUUGAAUUCAAUAUUUGUUAAUUCAGUGAUUUGCAACGUGCGGUACGUGUGCUUCCGCUGGAGCACGGGUGUCAAACUGGUGGCCCGGUGGCCGGAUCCGGCCCGCCACGUCCUUUUAUGUGGCCCGCGAAAGCAAAUCAAAAUUGCUCAUUGUGUUCUGGUGUAAUACCAGAGAUAUUGGCAAGCAUUUUUUUGUUACCAAUCCCCCUUUGAAAACAGGUAAUAGUUGAAAAACAUGUUUUUACAGGCUUCUGAUUUCAAAACUGACUAUUCAUCAAUCUGUUGCGUAUACUGUGUGCCAUUACAGUAUAGGAGGUCAUCUUUCAUUGAUAUGGCUUCACAGUUGUCGCGGCCCUCCGAGGGAAGUCGGAAGUACGAUGUGGCCCGUGACAAAAAUGAGUUUGACUCCCCUGCUCGAGUGCUACACAAAAAUCACUGCCUACGUACAGUUCAGUCGGUCAGUUACUUUUGAGUUAAUACAUUUGAAUUUAAUCUAAAAGAGCAGUCCCACCCCCACCCCCCGAAACUUUUAUUUAGGUACAAUUUAUUUGAUUCAUGCACAGUUUAAUGAAUCACUAUUUAAGUGCAGUUUUUUUCCUCACAUAUUCCUAUAUUUAGGUGCAGUGCUAAUGCGAGUAUUUUUAUGGUGGUACUUUGUGUAAAAAGUUUGAGAAUCAUUGGUUAAUUUAGUCAUUGAUAAUGUAAAAAAAAUAAAAUAAAAAAAUACAAAAUUGGCUAAAAUAAUUUUUUUUACCACAUUUAAAAUGUGAAAUUUAAAUACGUUAUCACUGCAAUAAACCAUUUUACAUAGACUGUACAUUUAAAGUAUGUAAAUUGAAAAAGUAUUCCAAAAUUGGUUAUUUAUAACUAAAUAUAGAAACUACAAUUAAAAAUAAGGGUUAUUUUCUCACUCCAAAAAAUGUAUCUGUACUGAACAUUGUUUUUUAUUACUUGGUUGAUUAAGUAUAACCAAAUUAUUUCAAAAUACACUUCAAAAUACUAUUUUUAUUAAACAUUUUUCAAAGUUGUUCUAAUUUGUAAAUACAAUAAAAAAUAAACAUUUUUUAGCAUUGAAAUAAACCAUUUUACAUAUACCAUACCUCAUUUUUACAUGCAUUAAAUAAUUGAUUAAUGACUAAUAUAAUUAAGACAAUUACUUUUAUCUUUAAAUAUUUUGUACUUUUUCCCCACCUCACGUGCGAAUGAAUGACUGAUCUAAUCCGUUAAUUUUAAAACUCAAACGUGGUCUCGAGCACAAGUUUGCCCACCCUUGUUCGAGAACAAUCAUUUAAAUACCGUACCUCCUCAAACUGUCGCCACUGAAACAGAAUAAACGCCUCCAUUUCAUUCCAAAAGAUAACAAGCCACUUAUAUAUUGCAAAAGGUUUUAAUGGAGCAUUUCUUUCCCGAAUGAGGAACUAUGGAUUGAACGUAUUUGGUGAGUAGUGAAAGUAUGCACAAGCUUAUGAAGGUGUAGGUUGUUAUAUUUCAUAAUACUAAUAAUAAAUAUUUGGGUUGGUAUGGAUCUGUCUUGUUGGGAGCAACAAACCAAAUGUGUGAAUUUACCUGUUAAAAAUGUUUUUUAGACCUCACAAUUUGUUUUUAAAUACAAUUGUUGCUUUUACCAAUAUAAUUUUAUUUCUAUAGUUGUGUCUUCCAUAAAUAAAUUAUUUCUCUCAUAUCAAAAAAGAGAAUUCAUAAUUAGAACAAUGGCUCAUUCAUUGUGUUCACUGACAUCAACACGCACACACACGCACGCACACAAAAUGCAGCAUGUCAGGAAUUAAUUCUCGACAAAAAUAAACAGCCUCACGUUGCCCCUUGUGGAUUGAUUAAAAAGAGCAACACAAAGUGACCAAGACUUCGUCUUACAAACAUAAUGCACACAGAGUGUACCUUUGAACUGUACAA